AUGACGGUUCAUCAGUAUGCUGCUAGGUUUAUUGAGUUAUCCCGUUUUGCUACUUAUCUGAUUCCCGAUGAGGAAAAGAAGGCAUGCAAAUUUGAGCAAGGACUGAAUGAGAAACUGUAUGUGCAUGUGGUGGGUUUCCAGAUUCGGAACUUCUCAAAAUUGGUGAAUAAAGCAACAGUUUUUGAAAGAACCCUUCAAAGAAGUGCUGCGUUGCACGAACAGAGGAAAAGGACUACUCCUACUGGGUACCAGUCUGGCAUGGACCAGGGACCGUGGAAAAGGAGGAAUGAAGGUAGUAGUUCGGGAAAAAGGCCGGUUCAGAGUAAUCAACAGCCCUACCAGUGUAGGACAUGCAAUCAAGUGCACUCCGGAGAGUGCAGAAAAGGGGCGGGAUUGUGUUUCCGUUGUGGCAAAUCAGGACACUACAUCAGGGACUGCCCAAUGCAAAAUAGAAGCAACCAGACGUUCAUACCACCACCUCAGAGGAAUGAAGUAUCAGCUCGGGGCAGCAAUCAACGCCCUACUGCGCCUGCUCGAGUUUUUGCACUGACACCUGGAGAGGUUGAGGGUAGGAAUGACGUGAUCACUGAUGCUGAAAGGUUGAGGAACAUGUUAGUGGUUGCGACCCCAACAGGGAAUUCUGUAGUCUGUAGUGAGAUGUUACCUGGAUGCCCUCUUUCUAUAGAGGGAAGAUUGAUGCCAGCAGAUUUAAUAGUUUUCCACAUGGUUGGGUUUGAUGUGAUUUUGGGUAUGGAUUGGCUGGCUUCCUACCGCGCCAGUAUUGAUUGUGCUAAAAAGGAAGUGGUAUUCAGACCCCCUAAUGAAGGUGAAUUUCGGUUCACAGGGUCGAAAGUGAGGUUGGCUCCACCCAUCAUUUCUGCCAUUCAGGUUGGAAAACUGUUGCGUGAUGGUUGUCAGGGAUUCCUAGCCUGUGUGGUAGAAGCACUAAAGGGGGAAGUGAAGUUGGAACAGACACCUGUUGUGAGAGAUUAUCCAGAGGUCUUCCCUGAAGAUUUAUCAGGACUUCCACCCGAGUGGGAGGUAGAGUUUGCUAUUGAGUUAGUUCCAGGCACGACACCCCUUUCGAAGGCACCUUAUCGCAUGGCGCCGUCUGAAUUAGCGGAGCUCAAAGAGCAGUUGCAAGAUUUGCUAGAUAAGGGUUUCAUCAGUUUCGAAGGAUGGAAUUUCAGUAGACCCAGGGAAAGUGGAAGCAGUGGUUAA